GCAGGAGGAGGAGCCGUAGCCAAAGCUAGCGCAGUUUAAAUGAAUGUCAAAGUGUGAGCUCGCCGUGAGAAGCGAGCCGGCGCCGAGAGCCAAAGGACGCAGCGCGAGGAAGCAGCCCACCUUGUGAUCCGCACACCCGGACGACUGACAUGACUCGGCGCCCGAGAAACAGUGUUUACAGCAGCGAGGAGGACGAGGAGGAGACCUACGACCACGAUUAUGACGGAUCCUUGGCCAAGCCCGGGAAGCGGCACCUCGGGAAAACCCGCUGGACGCGAGAGGAGGAUGAGAAGUUAAAGAAACUCGUCGAGCUUCACGGAUCAGACGACUGGAAAGUCAUCGCAAGUUUACUAUCUAACCGUACAGAUGUGCAGUGCCAGCACAGGUGGCAGAAGGUUCUCAACCCAGAACUCAUUAAAGGACCUUGGACCAAAGAGGAAGACCAGCGGGUGAUCGAGCUGGUGCAGAAGUACGGCGCCAAGCGCUGGUCCGUCAUCGCCAAGCACCUGAAGGGGCGCAUCGGCAAGCAGUGCCGCGAGCGCUGGCACAACCACCUCAACCCGGAGGUGAAGAAGACCUCGUGGACCGAGGAGGAGGACCGCAUCAUCUACCAGGCGCAUGAGAAGCUGGGCAACCGCUGGGCCGAGAUCGCUAAGCAGCUCCCCGGCAGGACGGACAACGCCAUCAAGAACCACUGGAACUCCACCAUGCGGCGCAGGGUGGAGCAGGAGGGCUACCUGCAGAGCGCCGGCGCCAAGGGCGCGGCCGGCUCGCCGCUGGGCCACGGCUACGUCAAGCCGGCCGCCGCUCACGUUUUAGCCUUCCCGCACCACUCGCCCGGUCACGCGCAGCUGGCCCCCGUCUCGCAGCUCAACUACACAUACAUGGCCGAUGCGCAACGGGUGCCCUUCCCCAUGGCCUUGCACCUCAACAUCCUGAGCAUCCCCCAGCACGGAACGGCCGCAAUACAGAGACACUGUAGUGAGGAGGACCCCGAGAAGGAGCAGAGGGUGAAAGAGAUCGAACUGCUGCUCAUGUCGACCGAGAACGAGCUGCGAGGCCAGCCGUCGCUACCGAUCAACUUGCCUUAUCCGAGCUGGGUCAGCCAGAGCCCGUUAGCCCACACUUUGGAGGGCGUGGCCAUGUCAUUACCUCAACACCAGGCGGCCGCGCCCGCCCUGCCGCUGGAUCAGAGCUGCCUGCCCGAGGAGAGCGUCUCGGCAUCGCGGGCGCAUGGCGGCACCCUGCCCGAGUUCAUGGAGUCCGUCAUUGACUCUUUGCUCAACCAAUCGAUGAGUCCCGAGCACUCGGACGGCGAGCGUCUUCCGAUGCGCUCGCCCGCGGACGCCAAGGGCCACGAGGAGACUGACAUGUUCAAUACUCCUAACAUACGUCGCUCCGUCCUGGAAUCGUCUCCCUGCGCGCCCACGACUUUCAGAUCCACCUUGGCCCUGCAGGAGGCCAAGUAUGGGCCGCUCAAGCUGCCGGUGAGCAAGCCCGCUCCUUUGGAUCAGCAGAUGGUGGAAUCCAUCAAGCAGGAGCCUAUCGAGUGCGCCAUUGAGCACCCGCCUCUGAAGAAGAUCAAACAAGAGGUGGAGUCUCCGUGUGAAAGGAGUCCAUACAUGCAGUGGGACGGCCAAGAACUGAACACACAGCUCUUCUCACCAAAUGGCCCUGCGCAGGAAGUACCGGACUUGGUAACAAGUUCGUUGCUAGGCGAAGACGGACACAAAGCCUACCUCCUUCCUCACAGGACCUCCCACAGCCAACUGCCGCCGCUGAGCUCAUGGGAGCAGACGACGUGCGGCAAAAGCGAGGAGAGCGCGAUGGCGGCCGAGGCGAGCCACAUCAAGUACGUCAACGCGGCAUUCCCGACGAGGACGCUGGUUGCGUAGACGGCAGCGCGAGCCGUUUGGCUGUUUUCGGGCUUUGUAUUUGUUGUGGUACAACAGUUGGGAGAUGCGUCACGCCACCACUUGGUCAACCAACCAAAGACUAUAUAUUUUUUUCAAAUAUAGACAAUUGCUUUGGGGUUUUUUUUUUUUUGUUUGUUUUUAGUUUUUUUGAGUUUGGUCUGUCUCUUUUGGUCCUGUCUUUCUUUUUUUAUUAUCACUGUAUUGAAAAUGCGGGGAUAUAUCACGAGCAUUGGGUUGUAUUUUUAAUUUUGAAUUUUGAUAUUAAUAUAAAGAACAAGUUGGUUAAUUUAUUUUCUCUGUUUUGAUGAUUUGUUUUGGUUUCUAUUCUUACACAAUUGGCCAAUAGAGCAGUGUUGGACGAAUUUAGUAUUUAAGCCCUUUUAGCAUUAUUGCGUUAUCCAGUGGCAUCUUAAUGGAUUGAAAACUGACCUAUUUGUUGAAUUUUAUGAUUUUAUCCUUUUUUUUUUUUUUUUUUAACGGCUAUAAUGGGUCUACUGAUAAUUUCAAGUGUUUGGUGCGCGCGUCACCUCUUGUUAAACACAAAACUACUGAACAAGCUGUAUUAAUGUCAGUCGUGUUUUACGCCGCGGAAAGGGACAACCCUACAAGUAUUAAGUGUUUACCACAUUGUCACCUUUUAAUUUCAUUCAUAUUUUCUUUUUUGACGGGGAAGCAUUCAAUGAACAAACAUUUUAUGUGGAAAAAAGGAUUUAUGUCAACAGUAUAUUGAGACACGCAUGUGUGUGUGAAACCACAAGCUUCACCCAGCAGGAUUGACAUCAAGAUGCACUGGGGGGGUACUAAACUACUUCUAUGAAAAUUAAGACUGUGCUUUUUU